AUGUUCUCUCCAUUUACCAUAGCAUUUGCAAAAACUGCUACUGCAGAUAUAGCAAGAGAGGGCUCUCGGUCUACAGGAAUCUACUUAUUAGAUAAAAGUAUUUUCCCGGACAUAGAUUUUAUGCCAGUUGAAAUAACAGAGGAAUAUUUAGGUGCAGAUUUAGACGAUGAAGGUCAAGAUUUCAUUCAGUUUCAGACACUAUUUCCUUCUGAAAAAUUUAGAUUGAAAGGAAACGACCCAGGAAAAAUAAAUAUUAGUUUGGACGAGUAUACUAGGAUGAUGAACAUAUACCUUCAAUCGAGGGAGAAGUCUGGUCAAGACGAAUCAGUUCCAAAAUUAGUCACAUUCAAAUUAGAUCGUAAAUUAGUGAGAGACAACGACAGAUACCCCACAGUUAGGCUAAGGUUCCCUGUAGCUCCUCAAGGCAACGUAGAACUGGAGAGCGCUGAACUGAAAUUGUUAGUACCACCACAGUUCGAGGACGUGCCCAGUCCAAAAGUUCAAGUGAAUGUAAUCUUAGGUAACCGAAGAAAAGAACUCAUCAGAGAACGGACAUUUUAUCUCUCUCAAGAGGGUCCAAAGUGGUGUACUGUAGAUAUAACAAGUGCAGUGCAAUCGUGGUUGCGUGGCGAUGUAAAUUUAGGUUUAGAAUUAGUGUGCUUGGACUCUAAUUGCAGAUUAGAUCCACUAGAAGCAGCAGUAACUAGUCUAAUACAUACUCCUCAAUCAAGAAGAGUUCGUAGAGAAUCUCCGUAUGAACCAAAACAUAAAACUACAUGCAAGGACACGGGUCCUAAGCAUAAAUGCUGUAGACAAUCGAUGAAUGUGACUUUUAGUGAAUUAGGAUUGGAACAGGAACAAAUAGUUCGCCCUCAAGUGUACGAUGCAGGCUAUUGUACUGGAAUGUGUCCCCCUAACUAUCUUCAUUCUUACAACCAUACUUAUAUACAAAGUAUAAUGCGACGAAAAGAACGGAGGAAUCAUAAAGCUUAUAGGAAAGUUAUACCGAAAGCUUGCUGUGCUCCACUAAAAUUAUCGUCGGUAUCAUUUUUAGUAAUCGACCCAGACUAUCCAACGACCAUGGUCAUGCGACUAUGGGAAAAUAUGGCAGUGGAAGAAUGCGGGUGUUCUUAAAAUUAAAAACGAAAAGGGGGGUGAUUAUUGUUGGGUAAUCUAUUUAUAUUUUUGUACGGGUUACGCACUGAACAUUGUUAGAUUUUCACUGUGAUAUAAUUUUAUCUUUUAAUUUUUAUCGCCACUCAAGUAACAUUUUUAGUACGUUUAGUGACAUAUUUCAUAAAUUGCAUAAUUCAAAUUUCAUACAUGUGUUUUAUGGUAUCAAACUAAUCAAUUUUAUAUUUGAAUUUUUCAUUUUAUUUCUGACAAUAACGUGGAAAAUAAUCAAUUACCAUAAAUGUAUACUAGACAAUUUUGUCUGAUUAAUUACUUUCUUUAAGAAACGAAUUUUCAAAAUAAUAUUCAGGAGAUUAAUUGAUAAGUUCCUGGUAUGAGAGAAAAAAUAAAUUUUAUAUAAAAUUCAGUUAAAUUCAUUUGAAAUACUGUCCUGGAUAACUGAUAGUCAGGUCUGGACUUUACGUAACUUAUUACACGAUAAUAAAAUUUAAGCCAGUUUAUACACUACGUAGAAAGUUUGCUGGUGUCGCCAUCUAUAUUUCAGUCCUGGGACUUAUUAAGUAAUGUUCUAAAAAAAGAUAUUAAUCAAAUUAUUUUCACGUUUUGGAUAUAAUAGUAUGAUAGGUGUAUUGACAAUAUAACGAAAUUUGUUGAAAAGAAGUUAUCGGAAAUUAAAUUUACACAAUAUACAAGGUGUAAUCAAGUAAAAAAAUAUUUUAUUUAAAAUAAAAUAUGGGGUUGGCAACUAAGUACUUUCGCUUUUUACUGAUAGAGAGCGUUGCUUUGUUUUUUGAAUUACUUGUGUUAGUGCUGUACUUUGCUGUUUGUCACGUGAUACUGGUCACAUUGACGUAACUAUAGAAGCAAGUAAUGCGUGAUUUUUAUUAACGCUAUUAGUUGUGGGUUAAUUUUAAAUUGAGUGUUAAAACGAACAUUUUACUUUUUUAUUUCCGUUAAGGGAAGAAAGAUGCUGCGGCUCACAAAGAAAUAUCUCAAGUUUAUGGUGCUGAGUGCUUAACAGAUCGCACGUAUCAGAAUCAAUAUAAAAAAUUCCGUUCUUGAGAUUUUUCCCUCAAAGAUGAGCAACGUUCUGGUCGACCAAUUGAAAUUGAUGUUAACUAAAUAAAAGUUAUAAUUGAAGAGGAUCAUCAUAUAACUGUUCGAGAGGCUGCAUGUAUCAAUUGAAAAACACUUAAAAGACCUUGGGUUAGUUGAGAAGCUUGAUAUUUGGGUACCUCACGAAUUGAAAGAAACACAAAGAAUCUACAUUUGCGAUACGCACCGUAACCGAAAUAAAACCCAUCAUUUAUUGUAAAUAAUCAUCACUGGUGAUUAAAAAUGGGUCCUGUACAGUAACAUAGUUCGAAAACGAUCAAGGAGCAAACACGAUGAACCAGCACAAACCACAUCGAAAGCUGAAAAACAACAACAAAAAAAGCUCAUGCUGUCAUUUUGGUGGGAUUACAAGAGUGUUGUGUUUUUAAGCUGCUUCCAAGGAACCAAACGAUCAAUUCUGAUGUUCAUUGUCAACAAUUAAUGAAACUGGAUUAAUUAAUCAAAGAAAAACGGCAAGAAUUGUCAAAUCGGAAAGGUUUAGUGUUCCACCAUGAUAAUGCAAGACUUUACACAUCUUUGGCAACUCGUGGGAAACUAUUGGAACUUAUCUGGGAAGUGACGCAUGUCCCCCAUAUAGCCCUGAUCUGACACCAUCUGAUUACCGUUUAUUUCGAAGUUUGCAGAAUUCUUUGAAUGGUGAAACUUUCAGAAAUGACAAUGACCUUCAAUCGCACCUGGUUCAGUUUUUUGCUAAUAAGGACCAGAAAUUUUGUAAGCCCAAAAUCAUGAAGCUGAAAGAAAGAUGGAAAAGGUCAUUGAGCAAAAUAAAAA